UAAGAAGAAGAAGCAGGAUCUGUUAGAGUCCACAAGCAGAUUACUACUAGCUGUUUUCUUUAUUAUACUGUAUUAUACUUUUGUUUGAAGUGUAGUUUUCCUCUCUAAAGACUGUCGACGUCGCGCGUCAAGCUUCAUUUUGCUUUUGGUUUGUUAUGGAUUGAAAUCGGUCAUUGCGCGUUCUAAUGGGAGAUCAACAAAAGGCAUAAAGUCGUAGAAAAAGCUAGUUUCAAGACGACUGUUUUUGUUUCUGCUGAGAGAGUUGGACGAGUUCCAAUUUAUAGAGUCUUGGCAGAUCUGCUCUUCCAUCUAUAAAGCUCCUCCUCCUGAGAGUUUAUUGAAGGACAGAGAGAACAUGAGUGAUCCGGAACCCUGCAGAGUUAAACAGGAGGAGACCGAGGACAGAGAGAACAUGUGUGAUCCAGAACCCUGCAGAAUUAAACAGGAAGAGACCGAGGACAGAGAGAACAUGAGUGAUCCAGAACUCUGCAGAAUUGAAGAACAGACUGAAGAAUCAACAGACUUAAGCGAAAGUGAGGAGAGCGAAUAUGAUGAACGAAGUGAUUUAAAGAAAAGAAGACGGAAGAAAUGUUUGACCUGCAGUCAGACUUUUGUUACAGCUGGACAACUGAAACGGCAUCAGGUGAUUCACGCGGGAGAGAAAAAUUACAAGUGUUCACACUGCGGCAAGGGAUUCACUCAUGUACAAAACCUGAAAAGACAUGAGAGGAUUCACACCGGAGAGAAACCGUACAAGUGUUCACACUGCGACAAGAGCUUCACUCAGUUACCAAACCUAAAAUGCCAUGAGAGGAUUCACACCGGAGAGAAACCCUACAGAUGUCAGCAGUGUCUGAAGCGGUUCACACAGUUGUCACAACUUCAGAAACAUACAAACAUGCACAGAAAAGCAGGACACUUAAAUUAAAUGGAGCACUAAAAAAUCUUAUGUGGAACUGAUGUUUCAUGCCUGUACAUCAGAAAACAUAGGCAUAAGAGACGAUGUGCUUUUAAUAUUGGUGGAUGUAGAUGCUAUUGAUAUUGGUAGGGACUUAAUUUACAUGAUUUUUUUUUUUGGAGGAAUGAAUGCAGACUUCUGGGAAGGGGGAGGCAUAUGAACAUUAAUAACCAUUAUAUUAUUAUAGUAACCAUUUUAUCUCGAUUGUUGUUCGUCAUAAUCGAUGUAGAGGCCAAAAUUGAAACUGAGCUUUGAUUAAUUGCACAGAAAUGGUUACCACUAUAAGCCCAUAGCAAUCUUGACUUCUAAUGACUUUUUUCUUUGAGUAGUAGCUCCUUAUGUCCACGCUUCACUUGAGUCUUCACAGAAGCCUGACAGCAAAAUUUUCUUAAGGCAUAAGACUAAAAAUGUUUAUUCAAUUAAAAUUUGUCAGGACUAAAAUUCUGAUUAGUAGCCCAAACUGUCUGUAAACAAAUGUAGAUUUGUACAUCUGCGCUCCCCUUUCAUACUGACAGAUCCUCCACUUGCAUGUACACACCGGUUUACGUGCACAAGAGAGUGACAGCGGUAAAACAAAUCCUGAAUGAAUAUUGGAGUUAGUUUUGCACACUGGAGGAAAGGUGACAACAUAGCUGAAGUAUUUCUUUUAGACAGGUAAUGAUCUGUUUUAAAACUAUUUUAGUCACACAAAGCUGGUGUAGAUUUUGUUGUGUUAUGAAUAAGUUAUAUGCACAGAAGUGUUGUUCAGCCACUGAUAUCUUCUGGCAAAAGCCUUAUGAAAGAAUGAUACCUUUAUCAAUCAACAUAUGUUGUGCUUUGGUUGUGGACUCGUGUUAACUUGUUUCCAGUACUCAGAAUCAGUUUUAUUGCCAAGUGUGCUUCACACACACAAGGAAUUUGUUUUGGCUAAGGAAGCUUCCAGUGUACAUAAAGUGACAACACAUAAUAAAUAUGGGAAAAAAAAAAAAAGAUAAACUUUAAACAGAUGCGGUUAGUCAAGAAACCUGGAUGUUGAGUUGUAUGUACAGAUUGUUAUAAAUAUACAGGUUAUAAGGUGCUGUAUACAAGUGCGAAUGUAGAAAGUAUUGCAUUGUAUAUUGAUAUAAGGUGCUGUGUACAAGUGCGUAUGAGAAAGUAUUGCACAUAUUUAUCGCGUGUACAUGUUUCUACAUACUCUCACGUUGACAUUUUCUCAGAAUAGCUCUGAAUGACAAAACAAUGUUUUAUCACAGUUGAUCAAACCAUGAUUUUUAUAGUUGCAGACUCAUGUUAACCUCUGUCUACAAAGUCACACACAAGCUGAUAUUUUCCAGUGUGUGGUACAUUCAGCGUCACUUCCAGUGUGUGGUACAUUCCGCGUCACUUCCAGUGUGUGGUACAUUCCCUUUCCAUGAAGAAUCUGUCAUUGUAAAUUGGUUUCGGGACUGGUAAAAGUGUUUUGCGUCUUGUUAAUUUUUUUUCUUCUAAAAUGUAAAUUUGCUUUGUCUUUGGAUUAAAUUGUUUUUCCUAUAUAUUUGUGUCUUAUGAAAGUGUUUUACGCUUUGUAAUGUUGUUUUGCACUUCCAGGUCACCGUAGUGCUGUGAUAUCUUUGUAUAUAUUAAACUUAUUAAUGAAUAAA